AUGGGAAAUGGAACUUCGGCAUCGUCCGGUGGCCAGGCUUCGACGAGCUGCAUGCGCUGCAGAUCAGAAUCUCAGGUUCCUCGCUGUUUUCGAAGCGUGAAGUGCCCGUACCCGACGGCAUCUACAGCCCAUUGCAGAUAUGGUGCUGUGAAUUAUUCCUUGAUUGGGCCACAAAAUGGACAGGUUGUGGUGUGCUUCCAUGGUCUGAAUGGUUCUCGAUUGCUGUUUCAGGACACUGCCUUGUAUCUUUCACGAUCUGGUGGGUUCCGUGUCUUGACCUUUGAUUUGUAUGGACACGGCUUGAGCAAUGCGCCGCCCGUAGAUUUAUGCCCUCGGCGGUCUUGCUCAUCCUGUUGUAGACCGGGCUGCUUAUCCUGCAGUGGCGCAAGAGCCAGGUAUGACCUCGCUUUCUUCGUUGAGCAGACGGUCGAAUUGCUUGAGUGCAUUGGUCUGGGAGCUGUGCGGGUCAAUCUGCUGGGCUUCAGUUUGGGAGGCGCCGUGGCCAUGGCCUUUGCAAAACGAUGGCCUGCUCGGGUCGCUCGGAUUGUGGCUGUAUCGCCAUCAGGGUUCAUACCUCGCGUACCACCUUUGUACCACGUUUUGCGAGCGUGCUGGUGCUGCUUAAUUCCCCUGGCCCCGCAUAUUUUGUGCACAUGCUGGUACAAGAAGGAGCGCUUCGCCAGGUCAGUCCGCUCUGAAAACCAGGGCAUGACGGACGAAUCAGUCCACAACUUGUGGUCGCGCUUCGUGUGGCAACUUUUCGUCAAGCGAGGAGUUGCCAGUGCAACUUUGGCCAUCUGCCACCGGGUCAACUGGUUUGACCUCUCAGAGCUGUUUCAGCAUGUUGGCAGGCAUUCUCGGCCAGUGCUGUUGAUUUGGGGAGAGCGGGACAAUUUGAACCCCGCGUCAACCAUCGGCAAAAAGGUCGCCGGGUACUUCGCAAAUGCGAAGCUGUUAGUCAUCCCACGAGCUGGCCACAUAGCGUUGUGUGACAAGCCCGCGGAGGCACAGGCUGUUGCCAAAGACGUUUGA